AUGGAGCCGAUGAAACACGAUACAAAAGUGCCUUUUCAGUUUCCACCUGUAGAAAUUUAUACGGAAAAAGAGAAUUGUUCUCGUUCUUUGGAAAUAAAUUGGAGAACAAGGAAAAAUGUGGAUGAAAAAGUGGUGAAAAGCCAUGAGGAGAAGAAGAACGAGCUAGAGAAAGAGAGGAUGGAGAAGAGAAGGAUCGAGAAAGAGUUAAAUGGACCAGUAGAGGAUAAUAAUGAGCAUUUGAUGCUGUUUAAUGAAGAUAAACAAGGGAUGGAUAAACGAGAGCAUGGAUUUGUAAACGUCAUGGAGUCGUCGUGGUUGUUGGCGUCUAUGGAGCAACGAGGUGCAGAAACGACGAGUUCAAGUGGAUGGAGGAAACAGCAGCCAAGUCUAUUGCAGCAAUUGAUGGACGUACGAUUAGCGCUACUGGAUUUCGUCUUUAUUGCUCGAUCAGGAGUUGGAGUGAAUUUGCUGGGUCGACCACCAUCGUCGGUGGACACGCACUGUCGGAAUCUCAUUGAUCGGAUCAAAGAAACAGCAGCAAAGCAGGACGGCAAGGAGCUUACUCGUGCGGACUGUGAACGGAUCAAAUGCAUUUUUGAAAGUCUCAAGUCCGAUAUGGUUAUGCCGGCUGUGCGAUGUUUGGGCUGGCUGUUGACCAAGACAUGGCGUCUGCUCUUUCACGGACUUCAUGUAGACUUGGAGUCGCUCCAUCGCGUUCGUCGUGUGCUGGAGGCUUCUGAAGGCGACGUUAGUGUUGUGUUUGCACCUACGCACAAGAGUCACUUGGACUACUUGAUCCUCAGCUACUUGUGCUUUGCGUAUGGCAUCCCGCUGCCGCGCAUUGCUGCAGGUAACAACUUGGACUUACCGCUUGUGGGCUCCUUCCUGCGUGCUAACGGUAGUUUUUUCAUCCGCCGAUCGUUCCGGAACGACCAUCUCUACAAGGAGGUGUUGGAGCAGUAUGUGCACGAGCUUUUGCAGGAUGGAAACCCCGUCGAGGUGUUCGUUGAGGGUGGCCGAUCGCGUCAUGGCCGUGUAUGUAAGCCCCGCUUGGGUUUCAUGUCAAUGUUCCUGAAUUAUGUGAAAGGGGGGCCGCGCUCUGCAUUGAACGAUGAUGCCGUCGAAAAUGACGUGAGCACGAAGAAGACGGUUUUGGUCGUUCCGAUCUCGCUGGACUACGACAAAGUGUACGAGGUCGAUGGAUACGCGAAUCAGCUAUUGGGCAAACCCAAGGAAAAAGAGAGCCUUGCCGUCUUGUUCCGUUCAGUUCGGGACAUGUUCUUCCUGAGACUCGGUCACUCGUACGUACGUUUUGGUGAGCCAGUGUCUUUGACCGAGACUUCAUCGCUUCAGGAUUCGUCCGAGCUCGUGGCCGAGCGUAUGCAAACCUCAGGCACCAUCACCUCGACUGCAAUUGUGUCUGCGCUGCUCAUGUGGAAGCGCGCAUAUGUGACUGAGAAAAUUCUGGAGACUCGCACCGUGUGGCUCGUUGAAGAACUAGAGAAACGCGGUGCGACUGUAGCUCAUGUGGAAAACAACAAUAUAGCUGCUCAUGCGCUAUUGAUCUUAAAGGUAGAUACGAAAUUCAACUGCGUUGUUGAUCCUCAACUGCAGUACCCGGUGCGAGCACUCGAGUUGGGAUUUUACCGGAAUCACCUGCUACACAUCUUCCUGCCGGAGAUGGCCGUGAUUGGUGCUCUGGAUGCUGCUCUGCGCCAGCGUUCUAACUGCAAAGAAGACCAUUCGACUCAACACAAAGUGGACAUUUGGGCAGUGCAGCAGCAGGCACAGAAGAUCUGGCACUUUUUGCGCCAUAUAUGUCGCCACGAAGCUAUCGACAUCCAAGCCCGCUUCACCCGAUUCCUUGCUGAGGCUACCGCGUGUGACGUUGACGCGUCUUCAGACACAGUGCUCAUCGAUGUGAAUCGCUGGAAUACCGGAAAGCUCACGAGCUUCGUUUUGUCGCUAAACUGGUCCUUUAUGGACUCAUUGUGGCUUACCACCCAGGGUCUCUGGUGCCUUCUUCCUACCGAUGAGGGUGACGAUGUUGAGCACACUGAUUGCGAUGUUGUGCGACGCGUACAGGUGUUAGCAAAAGAGCUAUUCCUUCGUCAGCAACUCUUCCACGCCGAAGCGCUGUGCAGUGAGAGUAUCAAGCAAUCGCUGGAUUUCUUGGUCGAAAAUGGCGUGGUGAGCUCUGAGCGAUCGCAUGAUGGCAAGUCGCGCGUGAUGCGUCUCUGUUCGAACUCGACCGAUCGAGUGCGCGAACUCAACGAUCUCACACGUGAGAUCAAUGCACGUCGAAAACCGCGUUCGUUCCUUUGGCGUGAAGAUGAGCUGCCACGCAAUUUGACUCGUGAGGAAGCAUUAGAGCUCAUGGAAGGUGCUCAAGGCUCCCAAAGUAUCUACGCCAAGUGGAUGGCCCCACCGGCUUCGACAUUAACUACCGAUUCGCAAUGA